AUGGUCCAGUAUUUCGCCGGCGCGCAGCCUGUGGUGGUGAUCAAUGAUGCUGAGAUGGCCAGCAAGGACUAUCAUCGGAGCAUGAAGCACGCGUGGCUGCCAGUCUUCAACAGUGCCAGUCUGGAGAUCUCCUCUAAGGAGAUGAACAUUGGAGCAGAGCGUCUGGCGGCGACCCUGGCCAAGUUUGCCAAGCAGGGAAAAGAGGUCAACAUCUGGAGGCAAUUCGGCUACAUGACAAUGGAUGUGGUGGGAACAACUGCAUUUGGGGUGGAGCUGCGAACACAGGAGGGUGAGAAGGGUCUAAAUUCUGAGGAGGCGGAGCGACUGGUGUGGGCCGCGCAGUCCAUCUUUGCAACAAGCUCUGUGAAGGCGUCGAUCUACACGCAGCCAGGAGCCAUCAUGCCCUUUUUGGACCCCUUGAUGAGAGUGCUGGCGCGUCAUUUCCCCGACGCCGGCCUCAAAACCGCGAUAAAGGCACGACACAUUCUGCGCGACACGGUGGCGGAUCUUGUCAGGGAGACACGGCAGCGUGAGGCAGCAGGUGCAACCGCCGCUGCAAAAAUCACGGCGGAGCCGGGGGCGGCGCCGGCGGCGGGAGAGGCGCGGAAGAAGGCGAGGGGUGUGCAGCCGGGCUCCUUCCUCAACCUCAUGAUCAACAGCAAGCACGAGAGCAGCGGCCGCGCCGUGACUAACGAUGAGGCCACCGCGCAGGCCUUCACCUUCCUCCUGGCAGGCUACGAGACCACGGCGUCUGCGCUGGCAUUCACCAUCUACACACUGGCCAAGCACCCGGAGAAGACCGAAAAGCUCAUACAGGAGAUUGAUAGCAUUGGUAGGAGCGCUGCUAUAGGACCGGCUGAAUUGGCGCGCAUGCCUUACCUGGACGCAUGCCUGAAGGAGUCCAUGCGACUGUACCCGCCCGGCCACAUCACCCCGCGCCAGCCGGUCACCGAGGACUUCACAGUCAAGGGCUACAUCAUUCCCAAGGGCACCUGGAUCCACAUGCCCAUCUUCAGCCUGCAGCGCAGUGAGGAGUACUAUGGGCGGCCGCUGGAGUUCAUCCCGGAGAGAUGGGUGGAGGGAGCGCCAGAGGAGACCGCGCUCAACAGGAAGGUGCCCGGCAGCUGGAUGGCCUUUGGGGAGGGCACGCGCUCGUGUGUCGGGCAGCGAUUCGCCCUUCAGGAGGCCAAGAUCACACUCGCUCGCCUAUUCCAGAGGUUCACAUUCAAGCUGUCGCCAGGGCAGGAGGACGAGGCGGGGCUGCAGCUGCAGAGCUUCUUCACGCUGGGGCCCAAGGAGGGCAUCUUUGUUACCCCUGUCCUGCGCACCGAGGAGUGAGAGUUUUCCAUGUGGAACGCCCUGGGACACAAGCAACCCAGUGGCAUGCGAUUCAGAGCAAAGGAAGACCUCACUGUAUAGUAGACGUAGAGUUGGGCCGGCAUUCUUCUGCCACCGUGAGUUCAGAUGUUCUAUUCAGGUUUAAUGCUGCUCUGUCGGGCAGUACAGGCAUCUUGUUCUGUGGGUUCAGUAGGCUACGUAAUUCACUUUGUUGCAUCCUUGUGGCUAUGUUGCCUUGCUGCCAUGGCAGAUGGCGCCAGGCGGGAAGAUAUGCAGGCUACAACAUUCAUUUACUAACGCAUGUAGGCAGCUAUUCAACGUUGGGAUUGCUUUCACCAAUGGUUCGCGGUGAUGGACAUGUGUUCUACAGGUCAAUUGAAUUGCCAGUGUACUGAAGAAGAGAUUACAAGUUGUCCAGUCACACCUUCUGGCCAGAUAUUAUGAUCUGCCCAACGGACAGAUGUCUGACUGUCUACUUAAUAACACUCAGUGAGUGGGAGUUAUUUCUAAGGGACUCGUUAACCAAGUGUUGUGAAAGACCCAGGAAGGGGUAUGUGUUGUGCAUCGGGAUUGCAAGUUUCAAUAACGUAGAAUGUAAAGGUCAGCUUUCCCCUGCACUCACAAGUGGCGCAUAAGAGCGCUCGCUAGCAUACCUCGACAGUCUACAAGGAUCGAUGCAUACUAAAUAAGGCUCCGCUGAGAGAGGUUUGGGCACCAUUAUCAAAGUCAUGGCACACUCAGUUGCGCACCAAAUGGACUCCAAAUCUCUGCUUCAGAGAAUGCCUGUCUUGAUAGUAUGCUUGUCACUUUGCUUGCAGCUCUGCACCUUGACCCAAUUUUUUAUUGCUUCAUCAAACUUCAAACCAACCAGUGGCAAGUCAUUUGCUGCUGCAAUCGCCACGUUUGCAAUGCCAAACAAAGAUUGAAAAACUGUCGUGGUGAAGAGUAUCCCACAUAACUAACACAUGCUGCUCGCUCUCUCUGCGCUGCUGUCAACACAUGCUUGCCACUUGCCUCUCUGAUUCUUUGCAGAGGUGGCCUGCAGAGGUGACUGCGUCGCAUUUCCGAGAGGGAGUGCAACAAAGAAUGCUUGAGCGGGCACCCCUUGCAUGAAGCCCCAACACAAUGGAAUCUUAUUUCCCCCAAGCCUGCAAAUGAAUCUGAAAAGUGAGCUGGGCGGCUCUCCUCGUGAGCCUAUGUGAGAGCCUGCGCUCACGGCUCAACAGCUGCAGCAACCCCAAACAACACCUCCAUACAAUUCUCCCUUGACACUAAUUUACCCCUUGCUUGGGUUGUUACCGCACUUUGCCACCUAGGUUCUUGACUUGUU